AUGGUAGUGACGAGCACAAAAUUAGAGGGUAGUGACGAUGAGGAGGAACACGUCCACUCGACCUUCGCUUCCAGAUACGUCCGCACAUCUCUUCCCAGAAAUAAGAUCCCGAGCGGGUUGAUGCCGAAGGAGGCGGCGUAUCAGAUAGUGAAUGACGAGCUAAUGCUGGACGGGAACCCUCGCCUGAAUUUGGCCUCGUUUGUGACGACUUGGAUGGAGCCUGAAGUCGACAAGCUUAUAAUGGCCAGCCUCAACAAGAACUACGUCGACAUGGACGAGUACCCCGUCACCACUGAGCUCCAGAAUCGGUGUGUGAAUAUGAUUGCUCAUCUCUUCAAUGCCCCGAUUGGUGGUGACGAUGGCAAUGCGGUUGGCGUAGGCACGGUGGGUUCGUCGGAAGCCAUAAUGCUUGCCGGUCUUGCUUUUAAGAGGAAGUGGCAAGCAAAGAGGAAAGCUCAAGCCAAACCUCACGAUCGGCCUAACAUCGUCACGGGGGCUAAUGUGCAGGUUUGUUGGGAGAAAUUCGCGAGGUACUUUGAGGUAGAAUUGAAGGAGGUGAAGUUAAGUGAAGGUUGCUAUGUGAUGGAUCCGGCUAAAGCGGUGGAAAUGGUGGACGAGAACACGAUAUGUGUCGCGGCUAUUUUGGGCUCGACGCUAACCGGCGAAUUCGAAGACAUCAAACUCCUUAACGAGCUCCUAUCGAAAAAGAACGAAGAAAUUGGUUGGGACACCCCGAUUCAUGUAGACGCCGCUAGUGGAGGGUUUAUCGCCCCGUUUCUUUGGCCGGAGCUCGAGUGGGACUUCCGAUUGCCGCUCGUGAAGAGCAUUAAUGUGAGUGGUCAUAAAUAUGGCCUUGUUUAUCCGGGUGUUGGGUGGGUCGUGUGGCGGAGUAAAGAGGAUUUGCCGGACGAGCUCGUGUUUCACAUCAACUACCUCGGAUCCGAUCAGCCGACUUUCACCUUAAACUUCUCCAAAGGAUCUUCCCAGAUCAUCGCGCAGUAUUAUCAGUUUAUACGACUUGGCUUUGAGGGCUACAAAAACAUCAUGGAAAGCUGCAUGGAAAACGCGAGGAUGCUGAAAGAAGGGAUUUCAAAGACGAACAGGUUCGAAAUCCUCUCCAAGGAAAUGGGAGUCCCGCUCGUGGCCUUCUCUCUCAAGGACAGCAGUAAGUACACUGUUUUCCAGAUAGCCGAGUCGUUGAGACGGUUCGGGUGGACAGUGCCAGCUUACACUAUGCCACCCGAUGCCGAGCACAUUGCUGUUUUGCGGGUCGUGAUUAGAGAAGAUUUCAGCCGCGGGCUUGCGGAGAGGCUCGUUUCUGAUAUCGAGAAGGUAGUGAAGGAGCUGGAGGCAUCGCCGGCACGUGUUGGGAAGAGUGUAGAUUCGAGUCGGGAAAAAAUUUGUAGCUAUUGGAAGAGGAUUUCGGACAAGAAGAAAACGAGCGGGAUUUGUUAA